AUGGGUCGAGUAAUCCGUGUUCAGCGCAAAGGAAAAGGAUCGGUCUUCAAGGCCCAMACCCACCACCGCAAAGGGGCAGCUAAGCUUCGCCCAAUUGACUACUCCGAGCGUGAGGGAUAUCUCCGCGGGUUGGUUAAGGAAAUCAUUCAUGACCCAGGUCGUGGUGCUCCGCUAGCAAAGAUCGAAUUUCGCGAUCCAUACAAAUUUCGCAAGGAGACUUUCACAAUGAUUGCCACUGAGGGCAUGUAUACUGGCCAAUUUGUUUAUGUCGGAAAAAAGGCUGCAUUGGUGGUGGGAAACACCCUUCCUGUUGGUCAAAUGCCAGAAGGAACCAUCGUUUGCAACGUUGAGGAGCAUUAUGGUGAUCGAGGAUCUCUCGCCAGAACCUCUGGAAACUAUGCCACUGUGAUUGCCCAUAACACUGACGAUCAAAAGACCCGCAUCAAGCUCCCAUCUGGUGCCAAGAAAGUCAUCUCUUCUGGAUGCCGUGCUACCAUUGGUAUUGUCGCUGGUGGUGGACGUAUUGACAAGCCUCUGCUGAAGGCCGGUCGUGCUUACUACAAGUAUAAGGCGAAGCGCAAUUGCUGGCCAAAGGUUCGUGGUGUUGCUAUGAAUCCAGUCGACCAUCCGCAUGGUGGUGGUAAUCACCAACACGUUGGUCAUGCUACAACGGUCUCUCGAUAUGCACCGCCCGGAAAGAAGGUCGGUCUUAUUGCAGCUCGUCGCACUGGUCUCCUCCGUGGUACAAAGAAAAUACGCGAAACCAAGUCUGCUUGA